CAAACAAACAACAACAACCGCAGAGUGCAAGGGUUAUUGGGUCACAAAGGUCAAACAUGGCUGGAGAAUUUGACAACUUCGAAGAAAUAUUGAAUGAUCAUAUCCCAGUUGAUAAACUGAAAUAUGUGAAACGCAUACUAUAUGGGGCGGAGCUUGAAUCAUUGGAAUUCAGUGCUGAAGCUCAAGCCUUGGCAUCAGAUAAAGGGUUUGAAGUUAAAGGAUAUGUUUUCCCUGCAGCUAAAGAGACCACCAGAUCACCAAGAGUGGUUAGAGUUGCUGGAAUUCAAAACAAGAUUGUUUUACCCACAACAGCUUCAGUAGUUGAGCAGAGAGAUGCAAUGCACAAGAGAAUUAAGGACAUACUGCACUGUGCUGCGCUUUGUGGAGUGAAUAUUAUUUGCAUGCAAGAAGCUUGGACCAUGCCUUUUGCCUUCUGUACAAGAGAGAAACAGCCAUGGUGUGAAUUUGCAGAAUCAGCAGAGCAUGGUCCAACUACAAAACUACUACAAGAGCUUGCUAAGCAAUACAACAUGGUGAUCAUCUCACCUAUACUAGAACGUGAAGAAGAUAGAGGAGAUGUUCUACAAAACACUGCAGUUGUUAUCACUAACACUGGUAAUGUGCUUGGCAAAUCCAGAAAAAAUCACAUUCCCCGAGUUGGCGACUUCAAUGAGUCAACAUAUUAUAUGGAAGGUAACACUGGACAUAAAGUCUUUGAUACAAAUUUUGGAAAAGUGGCUAUAAAUAUCUGUUAUGGACGUCAUCAUCCACAAAACUGGAUGUUGUAUGGACUCAAUGGAGCUGAAAUCGUUUUUAACCCCUCUGCCACUGUUGGAGCACUCAGUGAACCCUUGUGGUCCAUUGAGGCAAGAAAUGCUGCUAUUGCUAAUAGUUAUUUUACUGUGGCCAUCAAUAGAGUUGGAAUGGAAGUGUUUCCUAAUGAGUUCACGUCUGCUGAUGGAAAACCAGCUCAUAAAGAUUUCGGCCAUUUUUAUGGCUCAAGCUACAUUACUGGACCUGACGGAGCCAGGACACCUAGCUUGUCAAGGACUAAGGAUGGACUCAUUAUUGCUGAGAUUGAUUUGAACCAGUGUCGGCAAGUUAAAGAUAAAUGGGGUUUCAGAAUGACUCAAAGACUGGAUCUGUACAGUCAAGAAUUAAAUAACAUCAUGAAACCUGACUGGAAGCCUGACAUUGUCAAAGAAACUGCAGACAAAUAGUCACCUCAGGUCUUACGUUUGAAUGUAAUUUACUAAAACCAACAUUGCAAUCAGUCAAUAUAAACUUUUUGUUUCUAAUGAUUCACAUUUUACUGGUAAGAAGUUGUUAUAAUGUUUAUGUACAGUAUUUCUGUUAAUGAGCUCAGACUGUAUGUUUGUAUUCAAGAUUCAACAUUUCAAACCAUUUUUAAUCCAGUAUAAAAUUAUCUUAAACAUGCAGAUCUAUUUUUCUUUUACCAAGAAUCUCAUGAUAAUAUAUCAAACCAUUUAUUUAAUUAAUACCGUACAAGGUAGUGUUCAAAGAUUUGUUUUGUGCUGACUGCUUUUAAAAUAAAAGUGAAAAUUGCAUUCAAUGUUAAAGGUUAGUUUUAGAAAUUGUUGAGAAGUCAGUUUUAAUUUCAUUGUAGAUUGUAUGACAUAAUUAUAAAGUAAUCAGUUGAAGUAGUGUCUUGAUCUUGUAACUGGAUUCGAAAACUUCAUUAUAGAUUUAUGGCAUCAGAAGUGUACUUAUUUUUCUGUGAUAAGGCUAGACAGGAUUCUUACUUCUAAAAUCCAUUAUAGUGACAGGGUUUUAUCAUAAUCAAUGCAGAGAGAGGUCACCUCACCAUGUAGUUAUAGCCAAAGUAUUACUUGAUUAUCCAGCCCAGCCAUUCAUCAUCAUCAAUACAAAAAGCACUAAUGGAUUAUAAAUGUGGUAGUUCAGUAUAUUCACUUCGUUGGAUAGCCUACAGUUGUUUUUUUAAAGUUCUUUCUUAUAAAGUCCUCGCAUUUCCAAUCAUUUAGUCUUUCUUGCGCAUCACCCUCUCUCUUUCUGCUGAGAGCAAUCCUGGAAAAUACCUGCAUUUGAAGAUGACCUAUUUGUUUCUCUACAACAAGAUAAGCCAUUGACCAGAAAUUUGAGCAGAGUAAAUAAGCUUAUUGAUAGAAAUAAAAAAAUAAAAGAAUUUUACAACAAGCAUUAGGUUUAAAAACUUGUUUUGAUAUUUAUCUAAUUAUCUGCGUGGCAGUUUCAUUGGGGUGGAGGGAGUUGUUUUUUUUAAGACUAGAAAAUAUUUAGAAUUGCCCACAAAGGUUUUAAUGCUUAUUGUUUUUGUCAAAAGCUAAUUUGGCAACUUUUUAAAGCUAUAUAAAUUUUUAAUUGUUGAACAAUUUCCUUAGUACACCAUUGGUACUGUAUUACAAAAUAGUUUACAUUGAUAUUAGGAGUUAUUAAUGAUAUCAACUACCAUUGUGUAUACCAAACCAGGAUCUUUCAGAACUGUUUAAACUGAGUCAGGUAACAGUUGCUAGUUGUCUUGGAGAAAAAGUGUAUUAUAAAAUGUUUAUACAAAGAUAUCAAAACAUUAUUUACUAAAUGUUAUUGUUGCUGUUACCUUCGUGCCUUGCAAAAGGUUUGUUAACCCAGCCAGUCAUUGGUUCACAAGACUAGGUUCAGUAGAGCCACAAUGAAAGGUUGAAAUAUACUGAACUUAAUCAGACACAAUGUUUUCAAGAGGAGCUAAAGACUACCAAGACUACCAAGAUAUGAUACUUGGGCUCCAUUCAAUAAGUAACUAUGUCAUUUUGUUUUUUACCCAGACUGCAUUUAUUCUUUAAUUAUGAAUGUUAAAAAGAAAAACUGCAUGACUAUUUAACUAAAUGUGUAACCAAGAGUUUUAACUAUCUUCAUGUUUUGUGUUCUUACAUGUAGAUCUAUUGUCUUUAUUUCUCAAGUUAUUUUUAUUAUCCCCUAUUU